GAGGAAGCCUGCCUACAAGAAGCACAGGAAGAGAAAGCAGAGAGUGCCAAAGAGACACAUUAGUGAGGAGCCAGUCCAGAAACGCCUGUGCCUGGAGAACGCUUUCUGGAGAGCAGAUUCAGGACCUCAUUCGGUUCCCAUGAGGAACAGCAGCUGCGUCCCAACUGAAAACACAGAGAAGACAAAGGUUAACAUGGCUGCAGCACAGCAUCGUCAUUGCUCAGGAUUGCCCUACUCCCCCUACUUCAUGGCUGAUCCUUCAAGGCCACUGACGGCUUGCCAGCCACCUCCUCCAUCUGGGUGUCACCUGGGAGCUCAACCAUUUCCAUCAGCUAAAGGUGUUCUGGGACCUCUGACAAAUCCUCAACUCCAGUGUCCUCUAGGACCUCGGCCACCUUCUCCAACUGAUAAUUUUUGGGGACCACAGACACCUACACAUGAAUGUUUUCUGGCAUCUCUCCCACCUUCUGCAGGCCACGAUUUUCUGAGUCCAUACACAACUCCACCCGAGUGUCUUCUGACACCUCUACCACCAUCUACAGAUGAUGAGUUUUCGAGACCACAGACACCUACAUAUGACGGUGUUCUGUUACCUCUACCGCCCUUAGCCAAUGAUUUUCUGAGUCCAUAUACAACUCCACCUGAGUGUCUUCUGACACCUCUACCACCAUCUACAGAUGAUGAGUUUUCGAGACCACAGACACCUACAUAUGACAGUGUUCUGUUACCUCUACCGCUCUUAGCCAAUGAUUUUCUGAGUCCAUACACAACUCCAGCUGAGUGUCUUCUGACACCUCUACCACCAUCUACAGAUGAUGAGUUUUAGAAACCACAGACACCUACACAUGAGGGUCUUCUGUUCCCUCUACUUCCCUUAGCCAAUGAUUUUCUGAGUCCAUACACAGCUCCACCCGACUGUCUUUG